CAAAGUUUUUUUUUAAACGGUUGUUACUGUUGUCUUGGCAGUGGCACUGCGACUGGAUGAGGUAGCUAAACAACAGUCACGCUCUGUCACCGUUGUUUAUUACGGUACGUUAGUUCUAGCUAGCUCGCCAACAGAACAAGGGAGGAAUUGUUCAAAGCUGAAGAAAUGGAAUAUCUAGACUUCUCAGAGGAGGAAAUUCAGCAGCAAUUGGAAUCAUUGGGAUAUACCAAUAUACCAAAACAUAGGCUCCGGGAAUUUAAGCGAGACUUAGAUGAACUCAUACGUCAUGAAAAAUCUAAAAGCCAGACCUCCUCCAGUAACCUGAGCUCUCCAAGAGCUAAAAACGACAUCCAGAAAAUACUUCCUGCCUGCUCCAAAGUUGAAGUUCAGAAGAAUAAUACUGCAACAUUCAGCAACCAAUCUCAUGUUGGUGCAUCGGAGCCUGGCAGACAGGUGUUCACGUCUACCUACCGCAUAAACAACAAUAAUGUAGGGUCUAAAAACGAGAAUUAUGAGCCCUACACUCACCAUUCUGUGGCCAAAAAGUACCAUCGGCAAUACACAACCCCUAACAGGCUGCAGAUGGAGUCAAAAAUGACCGACAUCCAAUCCCCAUCCUUUGCUGUGAGUCCAACUUCAAGCCAAGGUGGAGACACAGGAGCACAUGGAAGGUUCUAUAUCAAGAGGAAAGUCCUCAGGAAAGUAAAAGGACAAGUGCAUGUAUUUGAUGAAUCCACAUACAGUGAAGAUUCAGGUGCUGUGAGUGGUCUUGAAGAGCGACUGGGAGAUCUGCAUGUUUCGAUGUCUGCUAACCACGAUUCUGAGCUGGAGAGGACAGACACAGACAGCAUAAGUGACAGCUUUGAGGCUGAUGGUCUCCCAAGUGCCUUCGAAGCCUAUAUCAAAGGAAUGGUUAGAUCUCAGAGUGAGAAUGAUGUCCGGCCCAGGGCCAAGUCUUUUAUUCGCCCACUUAUGGAUCAUCCACACACCAGGCAUUUAAAAAAGACGGACCCAGUGGCAAAGUAUUUCCAGUACAAACAGGAUUGGGAAAUGUUUAAGCCUCCUGGACAGAAGGAGAGGAAAGCAUUGCACUGGAAAAUCAGGGAUCAACUCUCAUAUCAGCCACCUCCACCCAAACCCCGGAGAAUAUUUGUGCCCAACAGUUACAUAGUGCCCACAGAAAAGAAACGAUCAGCCUUACGAUGGGAGGUGCGGCAUGAUUUGGCUAAUGGACUACUGCCACCGAAAGUAAAUUAUCGGCUAUAGGAUUCUGCUAGAAUCCCUUUUAGGGUUCCUUGUAAUCACGUAGACUUCUUUUUUUGUCUUAUUUAUUCACAGGUUUUUAUUGAGCAUAUUAAACAAAUUCAAUAACUGA